UACAAGACUAAAAUCCAAACUGCUAAAAUAAUUUAAGCGUUAGCAGCUCAACAGAUGACACACACAACACCUAUGUGUUGGUAUAGGUGACUAUUGAGAUACAGUGACCUGACGCCUCAUUCUGAUCUCAAUUUUUAUUUUUAAUUCAGAACUAUCCAUUAUGGUCCUCUGGCGUGUUGACUCUUUAUUAGUGGGACAGUGGCACUUCUGUCACUGUACUGUGGAAAUGACUAGUAUGUAAGCUGUGUGCCGUCACUAUACAAGAACCUCUAUAACUCAGACCUGAAACUUUCUGUUGGUGCUCUCAGCUGGGUAAGGACGCAGCAGAAAUAUUAUGAGAAAUUAAAAGGGAACAAUCACCGAAAAACAGGUAUUGAUCAGCACACAGCGGACACUGAGGAGUGUAUGAAAGGUUUGAGAGGACACAGUUCAUGCUGAACUACAGGUGGGUAAUUAACUGACUUAAAUAUGUACAUUUAUGAUUACUAAUCAUAUUUAUGAUUACUAAUCAUUACUAACCCUGUUUUCCCCCCAGAUAUUACAUAUUUGAGAGCAGUAUUUCAGUGAACUGUCACAAAAUAAAAUAAAUGUCAAUUAAACUGUGAACAUCUGAGCAGCAGACCUGUCCUGGAUCAAGAUGACUCAUGUGAAGAGGUUUCAAGGGAUACCCAUGUCAAAGUCAAUGAGAGGUUUGUGUAAAGAGGAGGACUACGUGUUUCUGGGAAUGACAGAAAAGAAGACGAAAGAGACUGCAGAAGGAGCUGGAGCUUUGGAGGACGACUGGAGAGACAGAAAGGAGGAGAGGGUCCGUCGGCGACAGGAGAGGGAUCAGCAGGAAAAAGAGAGACUCAGAGAAAUAGAGGAGAGGAAAAAGGAGAAAGAGCAGCAGUGGCGGACUCAUGUAGCAGAGCUGACCUCCAGCCAGGAGAAGACUCUGCCAGACAGACUGGCAAGACUCAAGAGAUUCAGGGAGUUUCAGAGGAAGGUGCUGGUAGAGGAGUCGGGGAUGGAGGGCGGGGCAGCUGACCACAUCAUCAGCCGACUUCUUACCAGGAUGUAGAUGCACCAUAUGAGAGAGUGACUCAUGAUACAUGUGUCUUGUGUUGCACUUUAACAUCAAUAAAUCAUCACUGAGACAUGAA